UGCCAUGUGACACGAUGACAUCACACCAGGAAGUGGAAGUCAUCAAAACAACAAAAACAUUAGAGAUGGAGACUCGCUUCACUAAAGGCAAGUCUGCUAUUUUGGAGCGGCCUCUCAGCCGACCUAAGACCGAGGUGAGCGUGAGCGCCUUCGGCUUGCUGUACUCGGAGGUGGUGCAGUACAGCCAGAGCCGGGUGUACUCGGUGUCCGAGCUGCAGGCCCGGCUGGCAGAGCUGGGUCAUCGGGUGGGAGCCAGUCUGCUGGACGUGCUGGUCCUGAGGGAGAGGAGCGGCAAGAGAGAGACCAAAGUGCUGAACAUACUACUUUUCAUCAAGGUAUCUGUUUGGAGAGCCUUGUUUGGCAAAGAGGCAGACAAGCUGGAGCAGGCCAAUGACGAUGACAAGACGUAUUAUAUAAUCGAAAAAGAGCCCCUUAUCAAUAUGUACAUCUCUGUCCCGAAGGAGAACAGCACCUUGAACUGUGCAGCCUUCAUCGGAGGCAUCGUAGAUGCCAUCCUCACCCAUAGUGGCUUCCCCGCCAAGGUGACGGUCCACUGGCACAAGGGCACCACGCUCAUGAUCAAGUUUGAUGAGGCGGUGAUAGCCAGAGACAAAGCCCUGGAGGGCAGAUAGGGCAGGGACAGAAGGGAGUGAAGAUUGGAAGAGAUAUUAAGAGUGUGUGUGUGUGUGUGUGUGUGUGUGUGUGUGUGUGUGUGUGUUUGUGUAGAUGCAGGUCUGAAUGUUAAAUAUCUGCUGGAAUGUCUGUAACAUGGCUGCAGGGCCACUAUAGGUGAAGGCUUUGAAGGUGUUUAUUUAUUUGAAAAUAGUGGACUGUGAGUUCACUGAUUCACAAGAACAUGAAAAUGCAAAGGAGAGCAGGACUGCACAUAACAAUUGUUUUCGUUAUCAAUUAAUCUUCACAUAAUGUGCUUGAUUAACUGUUUGGUAAAUAUCAGAAAAUUGUGUAUAAUUUCCAAGAUUGAAGUCGACAGCUUUUUUCCGAGCAACAGUCAAAAACCCAAAUAGAUG